CCUUAUGACGUAACCAGGAAGUAGCAGCAGAUUCGACGAAAUCCAAAUCAUCGACAGAAAAUGAGUCGCAUUUAUGACAACAACGCUUUAUUAAACAAACCUGUCCAUAAUGAGAAAUUCUCCUCCACAUGGGAUCCAUUAGUUCACCAGAGUGGUCAUGGUGUCAUUUUAGAGGGAGCACUUUUGGACACGUCACGCCACGUCAUAACAGAUAUGAACAACAGAAAGGAGCGCUACAAUGUUUUGUACAUCAAACCAAGCAGAAUCCAUCGGAGAAAAUAUGAUUCAAAAGGAAAUGAGAUUGAACCUAACUUCAGUGACACCAGGAAGGUCAACACAGGAUAUCUGAUGUCAUCCUUCAAAGUGGAGGCUAAGGGGGAAACAGAUUGUCUAAAUGAGCGCCAACUGAGUGACAUUGUGAAUAAGGAUCAGCUGGUUAAAGUAACAGCAAAAUAUUGCCCUAGUCAGGCCUUUGCAUUCUGGAUCUCAGAAGCAGAGAUGGACAGAACAGAGCUUGAGUCAGGCCAAGAAAUCCGUCUUAAAACGAAAGGAGAUGGGCCCUUUAUUUUUUCCUUCGCCAAACUGGACGGUGGUACAGUGACGAAAUGCAACUUUGCAGGAGAUGAGAAUGCUGGAGCAUCGUGGACCGAGAAGAUAAUGGCUAACAAAGCAGAUCAGGAAAAUGCAGGGAAGAGUGGCGGUCAGGGCGAGGGAGCAGACGAUGAAGAAUGGGAUGACUGAAAGACACCAUUGAGCUUCAAGGAUUGCAUCACAAGUGCCUUAUCUGUCCUCCAAAUGUUUAUUUUCGGCUUCACCACGAAACAAGACCUAACUGUUAGUAUUCAUAUGUUAUUACAGGAAAGUAUCAUAAAUAAACAGGAAAAGUGCCAUUGGAA